CGACGUGCGCGCGCCCUCUCCCUCCUCCACCGCUGCCGCCUCCUUCUUCUGCCGCUCCUGGUGCUGCUUGUGUGCUCGUUCGGUGCGGACCUGGUACCUCUUUUGUGAAGCGGCAGCUGAGGAGACUCCGGCACUCGCCAUGGCCGACGAAAAGCCCAAGGAAGGAGUGAAGACUGAGAACAACGAUCAUAUUAAUUUGAAGGUGGCGGGGCAGGAUGGUUCUGUGGUGCAGUUUAAGAUUAAGAGGCAUACACCACUUAGUAAACUAAUGAAAGCCUAUUGUGAACGACAGGGUUUGUCAAUGAGGCAGAUCAGAUUCCGAUUUGAUGGGCAGCCAAUCAAUGAAACAGACACACCUGCACAGUUGGAAAUGGAGGAUGAAGAUACAAUUGAUGUGUUCCAGCAGCAGACAGGAGGUGUCUACUAAAAAGGGAACCUGCUACUUUACUCCAGAACUCUGUUCCUCCAGACCAAGAAGACAUUCUCAAAUAGAAAGCCGUAAUUUGGUUCCACCACAUCCUGACUACUACAGUAUAGUUUUCUCUAUUCUUUCAUUUUCCCCUUCCCCAUUCCUUUAUUGUACAUAAAGUAACUGUGUAUGUGCACAAGCAUAUUGCAUUUUUUUUUUUUAACUAAAUGGCCAAUGGUAUGUUUUGAUCGACAUCAAAUGGAGAUGGGAUGGGGGAAAAUACUGCUUCUGUGAAAAUACCCCCUCUCUCCAUUAGUGGCAUGCUCAGUCAGCUCUUAUCUUUAUAUUCCAGUAAGUUAUUUUGCUCUCACUGUUUAACAAAAAAAAAAGAACAACAUAAAAAUCCUUGCAUACCUUGUUCGAUUGGAGAAUUUUAAUGUUUUUCAUUUAUCAUUGUAAAACCAAGGACAAUUUUAUAACUUUUUUGUACGUAGCUGUUACAUGUAGGGCAAUCUGUCUUUAAGUAGGGAUAAAUUACUCUAAAAGAAAUGAAUCCUAGAUAGUUUUCCCUUCAAGUCAAGCGUCUUGUUGUUUAAAUAAACUUCUUGUU